AUGAAUCGCUUUCGAACCAAGAAGCGGGCCAAGGAGGACGUCGGCGAUGCUCCCCGCCCAUCACAAGAGUCAGAAUCUUCGUCCUUCCGGUCUUUCAGGAAAGGGAAGAAGGCCCAAGUGAACGAAAAGGUCGAGGUCGAUCUUUCGACAGCACUACCCACCACCGAUGACUUCCGCACCAGUCUUUUGAUGACUGGACUGUCUGCGCGGUUCUCCAUGUUGAGGGAACAGGAUGACCCACACUCCAAGAUUGGCAAGGCUAGUGAUGAUAGUGUACUAUUUCCCAAACGGCAAUCGAGAAUGGACUAUGGGACGUUCCGGGGCUUGGGAGAUAUCGCCGAAGUCGAAUCCAUCAGGGCCGCUGCUCCUUUCGCUCGGAUGGACUCGUACAACUCGUCCGACGACGCCGACUCGGUCACGACGGCUAGCAUGAUGGGUCGCUCGAAACCGACCGAGGGUAACAACCUGUUUGGUGGGCGUCAGAAGAUCUACAAGAUCCCGGUAGGAGCCAACUCAUCCAAGACGCUGGAUGGAGGUAUGGGCGGCCGGGCUUUGUACGAUCACGACGUCGCCAUGUCAGCAUUCCAGAAAUGGAGAGUGGCGGAAAGGGACCGCAAUCCAUCCGACGACGAGCGAGACGAGCCAGAGAGGAAGACUUCGGCCGAAAUGGAACACGAGGCUCCUCGCUCAGAAUCACCCUUCUACCGUGGCUAUAAUCAGAAGCGCGAAACCUCUUCGACCAUGUCUUCCAUCCCGUCGAUAGCCAGAAACUCAACCGCCGCGACUUCUGUUACAUCCUCACAGCCAGCUCCUUCGCUGAAGGACUGGCAGCCACCAAGCAGCUCUACGCCCGGCUUGGAGAGGAGCGUCACGCGAACGAGGCGGCUUUAUGAGACAGGUCUUAACCACGAUCUCCACGAGCAACAAUCUUCGGCCUUGUCUCGCGUCGACACGUUGACUCGGCAGCGCACCUUUGGUACGCGGACUCCGGAUCUCGCCCCCAACUCACCGUCGCCAACGACUCUCGGCUUCGCGGAGCGAUUCGGCGGUGAGCGAAAGAUCCUUGCCAAGGCUAGUGCCCCUAACCUGCGAUCAAUGAGCCCUCCCACUACGGCUUCCUCCGCCGGGACCCCAGACCUGGGCAUCCGCGUACCCAGUGCUGGAGACAGCCGCUCGAAUUUAGGUGGGAUACCACCUUUGAGCCCACCCAUCAGCGAGGCAGACGAGAACUCGAUGCUGCCCAUCGGACCAAACGACCGUGGCAAGGCUACUGCUCUGGGGGUUUUCCAGAAGCCUAUGCAACCAUAUGACGAGUCGAGGUAUGCGCAAAGGCAGUUGCAGCUCAAGCAAGGACGUGGAACUCCAACCCUCAGAACGGGCGACGAGUCCAACGCGUCACAGCGGACUGACAGGUCUCGGUCGUCUUCAUCAGUUCCAAACUCGCCUUUCGAGCACCAACACAGCUCUUCGUUUGCUGCAACACAGCCACCUCCCGUGGGGGAGGCUUCCUCUACCUCCUUCCUGGCUGAUGCUGAUGAUAGCGAGACGUCUCCAGCAGUUUCACCAGAGCCCGCGCCCUCGCCCCAACUACUGCGCCGUCCGUCAGAUCGGGAGCACCCUGCCUUCAGGGACUCGGCCAUGCCAACCCCGCUGUCCGUUGUUUCGAAGAUGGGUGACGAGCCUUCGCCCAUUGCGGAAAUCUCGUCAUCUUCUGUAGCACCCAAUUCUAGGGACAUAUCGCCAGCGGAUUCGCCCACACUUGGCCCAACCACCGGGGCCGGGCUCAGUGGCAUGGUCCGUCAACAUCUCAGAGGCGACAGUAAUGCGUCGUCGAUGUAUGGCGGCGCACCUCCCACAGCUGGGUUCGAGUCCCACUUCCGCGCCGACUUGGACGAUACGAGAACCUUUCAGGAUUAUGGAAUGAGUUCGAACCCCUGGGGAGUGCAAUAUCAAGAUCGUGAUUGGAACUUGGACCUAGACGUUAACGAACCUGUCCCUGAUGUCGAGCAUGUUGCGCCGGAUUCCGACCAAGGAAUGAUGACAGGGCGGUCCUUCUCGUCAACUAAUCGCCAAGAUCCGGACGAGUUCGCCAGCCAACUGGCAGACGGCGCGCGGCGCGUGCGCGAGAGACUGACUACAUACGUUGAAACAGACAGUCGAUCGUCCUCUCCACACCGCUUUGGAGACCAGAACGACUUGGCCGACCUACCACCGCCACGGUCCAACGGACUUGGUAUCCUACGGCCAUCGAGCAGCCGUACGUCUUUGGUCGAUCGUGGCCGAGAGCCGUCUCAGUCCAAAGCCAAGAAAAUGCUGGGAAUCGGCCCUGGCGGUUCCCAGGCGACAAGCCCAGCGCGCGAGCCGAUGCGUGAGGAAGCUCAGACAGACGCAAACGGAGUUCCGAAAUACGAGGAUGGCAAGACGGCCACGGGCGUCGAGGAACCACAUGCGGGCCUCCGUGCGUUCAGGCAGGCGAAACGUGAAUUACAACGGCUGAAGGAACAAGAAUUACAAGCAAGGCGUAACCAGCUAUCGCAAGGUUCAUUAGCAGAUGAAUCUUCCCCAAGCUCGCCACCUAGCAGGGCACCUCCCUCGGCUCCUGCUUCCCAAGGAGCGCGAUCGCCAAGCGGAGACCGCAAGCAGCCUCCCGCUUUCUACCAGCAGCGGAUGCCAAGCGAAGAAAGCAGGCAUCGCAAUCAGUACCCUGACUCCCGUGCCUCCUCGCGGGCCCGUGCCUCCUCGCGUGCUGAUCGUGGCAGGAGUGGUUCGGAUUCCAGCCACGGGACAAGAUCGAACAGCAGGCCGGUACGUCCCAGGGAUGGCUCCAUCGCUCGAGAAAACUUGCACCUGGGCCCCGCUGGUACAGCACCGCGUCCUCAGCUGCGCUCCCCUGGCCUACCGGGAACAGAUAUCAGGCGCUCGCCAAUCAUGCCACCGCAGCCGCAUCCCAAUGUCACUGCAAAGAUAAAUAAACUGGCUUUCGCCUCGAAUGGCAACCUGCAGGUUCAACCAUCUUCUCGUGCCCACGAGUCGGGUCAGCCCUCACCCAUCUCUCCCAUACCGUCACCCUUCAUGAGCUCGGCACCGCCCACUCCCAAUGCUGUCUCGUCUCUCCAGCGCCCUUCUGCUCCCCAGAGUAACAGCUAUGACAACGGCGCAUCAAGUGUCCCCGGACUGAGUGACGCAACGAGACGCAAAGUAUACGCCAGAGACAUCUCGGAACCUACUUUCGUCAUGUCGACUUCUCGUGUGCCUACAAUGGCGCUUCCCGCCGAGGCAGCCGGGAACCGAUCGCGCAGCAACAGUCGGCCAGCGCCACCGUUGCCUCCUAUCAACCCCAGGCGGCGCCAGGACAGUUCAAAGACGCGAACUGUUUUCGAAUCAUUAAACCGCCGGAGGGGCGACAGUGUCGCUGACGAGGCACAUGCGAGCACACCCAAUCUACCCCCGAGCCAUUCAGCCGGUAGUAUGGGCAGCAACUUCUCCCUCAAUAACGAGGAUGGAUCCCCAGGCGAUCGAAGGCGUUUCCGCCAGAUGUCUUCUGACGCCCCACACAUAAACCCGAACCACAGGAACCGCGGAAACAGCCCGCCCAUCAAUGUCGGGCCUCCCGCAUCCAGGAUGGUCGCCACCCAGGCCAGAAAUCGUGCCGACAAGAUGGGGAUGUCUGGUGGUAUGAUCUGA